AUGGAAAAAAAGAACUCGGAAUUUACCACCAAUUUCGUGUUCGGUCAAUUCUUUGUUCCCCACGCUUGCAGUGUAACGGAUUUGCAAUUAAGAAUCGAGAAUAUGUUAUUGUGGGCAGCGAACGGUAUUGGAAUGAUCGUCGGAACAUUACCGCUUGCUUGCUUGUUGCAACUUAUCGGUGGACGAAAAUUUUUUAGUAAGCUGAAUUUUGCAUCGUUCUUCUUGCGAUCUCAAGCUCAUCUCGAGUUCAUAGAAAAAUAUUUUAUCAUUGGAAUUCGACUAAUUCAAGGAAUUACAUGUGCCGGUAUUUUUCCUCUAAUUGGCACGUUGUCCGCAAAUUGGAGCAGUCUUAAGGAACAAUUUAUUUUCUUAGUAUGGGGCAAUUUGUUUAUUCAAGCAGCUCCGCUUAUUAGCUGGCCAGUUGUUUCAAUAAUGUUAAUCCAGCAUAGAAGACUUCCUUAUUUUAUAUGUGGCGGAUUAAAUAUCUUAUAUGCCUUUGUUUGGUUUGUUUUUUAUCGAGAUCGUCCUCAGUAUCAUCCUUGGGUGAAUGGAUUGGAGCUUAACAAAAUAGUCGCUGGAAAAGUCAAAGUUAUACGUAAUCGCUUUUCUGCUAAUCAUCCAUUUGCCAGUUUGGCGAAAUCUACUUCAGUUUGGGCUAUAUGGGUCUCCUCAUUUGGUUAUUAUUCUAUUAUCGCAUUAGUUACUCAAUUUCUUCCCAUUUAUUAUCAUUCCGUCAUAAAGGAAUCGAUCUCAGAUUCUAUAUUCUUGGCUUCAUCAUCUUUUAUUUUUAUGUUUUUCUUUACUAUAUUCCAUUCACUGUGCCAACGUUUUUAUUAUUUAUGUCACGACAAGACUUCCGUAUUAGUAGCCAAUUCAGUUUCCUUUCUCGUGUGCUCGAUGAUGUGCAUUUUUCUCGCUUUAUUUUUGCCUGCCAAUAACGACAGCUUGAGUAUUGCUUGUUGUUUUUCGGCACUUCUGUCAUUUUUAACACUUUCAAUUUAUGGUUUUUAUCGAAGUGCUAUAUUGGUUGGACGUUUUUACGGACAAUACAUUAUUGCCAAUAUGCAAAUAUUUGUGGGAUUUUCAUAUUGCUUUGUAUCGAUGGCUGCGAUGUUUAUUAUACGAAAUAAAUUUUCUUUAUUUCUUUCUAUUUUUUUGAUAAAAUUUCCACCUAUAAGAACAAUGAAAGAAAUUUCCAGCGAUAAUUUUGAAUGGCGACUUUUGUUUAUUCUUAUGGCAUUAAUCUUACUGUUAACGGCAGCUACGUUUGGAAUUUUUGGAAGUGGAGAUGUGGAAGAGUGGGCGAAAGAUAGUUGGGAUCCAUCAGCGGCAAGACGAAUGAUCAAUUUCGAUCAGAUUGAUUAUAAUAAUGAUGAAUGUGGCCUAAUCGAAAUGAGAUUAUUAAAGCGGUAA